AUGAACUAAUUACUCUCGCAGAUGAUGGAUGACGUGGUCCUGCGCGCGCGUCUGGUCCUGUUGCUGCUCGUGUUGGUGCACGCGCUUUCAACGCAGGACCAAAGCUUGGGUCACGUGGACCCGUUAACGCUGAGCCGCGCGGACCCGCGCUGCUGGGAGAGCGCUUCUGUACUGCUGCUGGAGAUGCGCACGCCGCGAAUCGCGCACACCGUGCCUGACUUCUGGGACCUCAUGGUGUUUCUGAAGUCCUCGGACAACCGGAAGCACGGCGCUCUGUUCUGGGACCUGGCCCAAGUCUUCUGGGACCUCUACGUGGACUGCAUCCGGUCCCGAAACCAUGGGCUCGGGAGGCGGCAUAUCAUGCGGACAAAAAGGCGUCUCACGGUCGCGCGCGCUCUCUCCGCGGACAAGUCUUUUGUGCAAGAGUCGCAGAACCAUUUUUCGAAGUUAAAGGAGUUUACUCGGGCCUGGUUUCAAAUCCAGGUGCAGCAGGAUGGACCACACAGCUUGCACAGUGAUGCUUAUCCAAAAACCCAGGCUUCAAAGAAAAUUUCACAUUUUUAAUCAUGAAGAAAAAUGAAGAUAAAAUAUUUUUACCUAUGGCAACUUUUUUCCUGUUUAAUAAAAUAAUUCGCACCACUUCUUUAGCCUAAGACCUUUUUGUUUUUAUUUUGACUGAGUGAGCGUUUUGAGCCAGACUAAUCCCAUCAAACAUUGGCUCUUAAUGGGCAAGCUGCAGGCAGUGUGGGCAUGGGCUAACUCAUACAAAACUCAAAAUGGCCUAACUUUUCAAGAAUCCCAUGUGCAGUCAUUGUGGGUUAGCCAACAUUAGGCCAACACCCUUUUUCCCAGCAGCGGCUCAUGCCCAUAGAUUUUCAUCAGGCAGGAUGACAUUUAUAAUGGAAUUUUUCUUCAUUUUCUCAGCCCAGCAUUCUUCUGAAGUAUGGACAUUAUCCACUCUAUAAUCCCCUGUCACUCUCCCAAUCUUCAUGAUAUAUCUUACAACAGAAAUAUUCUGUGCAUCAUAGACAGUGUCUCACUUAC